UUCUGUUGUUUGGUUUCAAGCCCCUUUCUUCCCCGCUCGCUUCUGCCUCGCCCUCUUCAUUUCCAUUUCCUGGCGAUGGCCAAGACCUGGAGCUCUUUACGCCCUCUUCCUCACCACCAGUACGCCUAAUGCUUCUCUUUUCGCGCGAGCUUUCUUCACCUUGACCCCCCAAUUCUCGCUGUCAGAUCGGGCCGGCCGAAUUGGACCCGCCGGUGGAGAUCAAGGAUUCGUCUUUUUCCAGGUUUUAUCUCUGCAAUCUCUUGGUAGGGAAGGAGGCGAGUUUACUAAGAGUGUUUGGUUUUCCACUGUCGGUUAUUUCAUGGGUGCAUGUGAGGAACGUAGGAGGAGGUUUUGAUGGGUUCUCAGCUCAAGUGGCCAAACGUUUCUCGAGCGGAUCUGUCUGGGCAAACUCAUAUGGCGCCAGCACCUGCGCCUGUUGGAAUUACCCCGAAGCUCACAACCAACGAUGCCCUAGCCUACUUGAAGGCUGUGAAGGAUAUAUUUCAAGACAAAAGAGAAAAGUAUGAUGAAUUUCUUCAGGUCAUGAAGGACUUCAAGAGUCAGAGGAUUGAUACCAAUGGAGUUAUUAUGAGGGUGAAGGAGUUAUUUAAAGGGCACCGAGAUUUGAUCUUGGGGUUUAACACCUUCUUGCCAAAGGGUUAUGAGAUUAAGCUACCAGAAGAAAAGAAACCGGUUGAGUUUGAGGAGGCAAUUGAUUUUGUUAAUAAAAUUAAGAGCCGUUUUGAGAAUGAUGAGCAUGUUUAUAAGUCAUUCUUAGAUAUACUGAAUAUGUACAGAAGAGAGAACAAGUCAAUCCAUGAGGUCUAUGAAGAGGUAGCAGCCCUAUUUUUGAACCAUCAUGAUUUGCUCGAGGAAUUCACACACUUUUUGCCAGAUGCCUCAGCAAUAUCUGCUCCACAUCACAGAUAUCCUGGUCAUGCUUUUUCACGUCGAGAUGACAAGAGCUCUAUCAUGCUUCCAUCAAGGCAUUUUCAUGUGGACAAGCGGGACAGAGCUUAUACAUCACAAACUGAUCAAGAUUUCAGUGUUGAUUGCCCUGAUAUAGAGCAUGAUAGAAAGAGAAGGCGUCCGGAUAGAAAACCAGAUAAUGAUAGGAAAGAUCAUGAACGAGAUGAGAAGGACUUGGAGAAUGAUAGUGGGGAUUUAGAUAAUCUACAGCAUAGGCAUAAACCUUUAUCUCGAAGGCCUGAUGAUUCUAUUGCUGAACAUGUGCAGCAAGGAGCUGAUGGUCCUGAGAACAUUGACAUGUAUAGCAUUUCAUCUUCAACAAUUGAUGAUAAAAAUGCUAUAAAGAGUGUAUAUACUAGAGAAUUUAAUUUCUGCGAAAAAGUGAAGGAGAAAUUGCAUCCUGACACCUAUCAGGAAUUUUUGAAAUGCCUUCACAUAUACAGCAAAGAGAUAAUAAAUAGAACAGAGCUAAAGAAUCUGGUAAAUGACAUCCUUGGAAAGUAUCCUGAUCUUAUGGAAGGUUUCUAUGAAUUUUUGGCCCAUUGUGAGAAUAUAGAUGGAUUUCUUGAAGGGGUUUUCAACAAAAGACACAUGACUAAGCCUGUUAAGAUAGAGGAUAAAGACAAAGAAAGGGACCAGGAAAUGGUUGAAAGGGAGAAAGAUCGUGAAAAGGAGAGAGUCACUGAAAGGGAAAAAGUUGAUAAAGGCAUCUCACAAAAAACUAAUUUAUUCUCAAACAAAGAAAAACAUAAUUUGUGGAAACCAAUUUCAGAGCUUGACCUUUCAAAUUGUCAGCGAUGUACCCCAAGCUACCGCCUUCUUCCAAAAAAUUAUCCUAUACCUCCUACUAGCCACCGAACGGAACUCGGAGAGUCAGUACUAAAUGAUUUUUGGGUGUCGGUGACUUCUGGAAGUGAGGACUACUCUUUCAAGCACAUGCGAAAAAAUCAAUAUGAAGAAAGUUUAUUUAGAUGUGAAGAUGACAGAUUUGAGAUGGAUAUGUUACUGGAAUCAGUUAAUACAACAACUAAAUGCGUGGAGGAAUUGCUGGAGAUGAUGCAAGACCCUGUCAAGCCAGAGAAUCCUGUUCAUAUUGAAGACCACCUCACUUCUCUGAAUUUGAGAUGCAUUGAACGAUUAUAUGGAGAUCAUGGUCUUGAUGUUAUGGAUAUACUACGGAAAAAUGCUAGUCUUGCAUUGCCAGUGAUAUUGACUCGCCUGAAGCAAAAGCAAGAGGAAUGGUCUAGGUGUCGUUCAGAUUUCAAUAAAGUGUGGGCAGAAAUAUAUACCAAAAAUUAUCACAAAUCACUCGACCAUCGCAGUUUCUAUUUUAAGCAACAAGAUUCAAAGAAUUUGAGCACGAAAACUUUGUUGGGUGAAAUUAAAGAAAUCAAUGACAAGAUGAAGAAGGAAGAUGACAUUCUUCUUGCAGUUGCUGCCAAAAAUAGGCAUCCAAUCUUUGCCAAUAUGGAAUUUAAGUAUGCAGAUGUAGACAUGCAUGAGGAUUUAUACGAGAUCAUAAAAUACUCAAGUGGAGAAGUGUGCACAUCUUCAGAUCAGUUGGACAAAGUCAUGAAAUUAUGGAGUACAUUUUCGGAGCCCUUGUUGGGCAUUCCCAAUCGAAAUCAAAGUUCAGAUGCUCUAGAUGUAAAACUGAAGGGGUGCUCUGUCAAAACCAGUAUCGCAGGUUUGGCUGAAAACAAUGUACAUCCUGGUGCUACCAAGCAAUGUAAUGGUGAUGGGAACAAUCUACAUGAACAAGUAGGUACAUGCAGACCGGGUUUAGUAAAUGAAGAUGGGACCAAUAUUGAAAAUUGUUCCCACAAUGUGGACCGAGGCACUCGCCAUUGUGAAAAUCAUGUCAUUCAAGGAAGAGUGCAGAGUAGUCCUCCUAUAUCUGAUGAAGGUACUCGAGCAGCUGUGCUAAACGUUCUUGCAGAACAUUUUCCAGGUGGUAACAAUGUUGCAAUUAGAGCUGAAGUUCACACCAGAACAGGCCUGGAGAAUACAUCAGGGAUCACUGGCGCUUUAAGAACAGUGCAUCUUGGAACAGAGAUUCUAAUGGAAAAUCAAGUAACUAGUGAAAUGUUACCUACAGUGGAGGUUGGAAAUUCUGGAAAGCUAGGUAUAUCAGCAAAUGGUGGUGGCAGUGUGGAAUGCAACAACAAUCUCAGGCGUGAAGGUUCUGCUUCACUUAAUAAUCUCAAAAUUGAAAGAGAAGAAGGUGAAUUGUCACCUACUGGAGAUUUUGAAGAGGAUAAUUUUGUGGCUUUUGAAGAUGCUUCUGUAACUGCAGCCCCUGAGCAAAAGGAUAUUUCUAAUGCUGAAGUUGAUGAUGAGGAUGAAGAAAGUGCUCAACGGUCCACUGAGGUCAGUGAAAAUGCAUCAGAGGCUGGUGAGGAUGCAUCUGGCAGUGAAUCUGGCAAUGGUGAGGAAUGUUCCCCUGAUGAUCAUGAGGAAGAUGAUGAUGCAGAGCAUGACGAUCAUGAUGUAAAGGCUGAAAGUGAGGGUGAGGCUGAUGGUAUGGUUGAGGCACAUGAUGCCGAAGGGGAAAUUACAUCAUUACCAUAUUCAGAAAGAUUUAUUAACACAGUGAAACCUCUUGCAAGACAUGUGCCUGCAACAUUACAGGAUAACCAUGAUAUAUCUUCUAGGAUAUUUUAUGGAAAUGAUUCAUUCUAUGUGCUGUUUCGGCUUCAUCAGAUGCUAUAUGAAAGGAUACUCUCUGCUAAGACAAACUCAUCAGCUGCUGAAAAUAAAUGGAGAAGUUCUAAAGAUUCAAAUCCUCCUAAUCUAUAUGCCAAAUUUAUGAGCGCCCUAUACAAUCUACUUGAUGGUUCUUCUGACAAUACCAAGUUUGAAGAUGAUUGCCGAUCUAUCAUAGGAACUCAAUCUUAUGUACUUUUUACACUAGACAAGCUAAUUUUUAAAGUCGUUAAACAGCUUCAAGCAAUAGCCUCAGAUGAAAUGGAUAUUAAACUUCUCCAUCUAUACUUGUAUGAAAAAUCAAGGCGAGCUGGGAGGUCUUUUGAUGUAGUUUAUCAUGAAAAUGUUCGGGUACUUUUGCAUGAUGAGAACAUAUACAGAUUUGAAUGUUUUUCUCAAUCCUCGGAUGUGACCCAGCUGUCAAUCCAGCUAAUGGAUUAUGGACAUGAAAAACCUGAAGUUACUGCUGUAUCAUUAGAUCCCAAUUUUUCUUGCUAUCUGUACAGUGAAUUUCUCUCAAGUGUCUCAGUUAGGAAAGGAUUAUAUGGUGCCUUCCUGGGAAGGAACAAGCGUAAAUAUGGCAGAGCUGAUGAGUAUUCCACUAUUUGCAAGGCUAUGAAAGGAAUUCAAGUACUCAAUGGUUUGGAGUGCAAGAUAUCUUGCAGUUCGUCUAAGGUUUCUUAUGUGCUAGAUACUGAAGACUUGUUAUUCCGAGUGAGAAAGAGAAGACGGUACUCAAGUAGAAGGAUCAUAUUAAAUAGCCAAGCACACCCCAUACAAGUAAAUGAUUCUAAAGUACAGCGCUUCCAUAAUUUCAUAUCCAGUUUCAUGUCAGGUUCCUAAUGCAUUUUGCCUCUAGUGGUGGUCUCUGAAUUGAGUCAAACACACCAACAAGCUUGAUGGAUCUUCUAGGUGGCUUUACUUUGACUACCUUCCAUUUCCAGAUAGCAUUUGGUUGCAUUCUGGUACAUACAUCAGCAUAUAAACAUUAUUCUAGUGUUUUUUCCCCUUCCAUAACAAAUUUGUACAUAUGCAGCCCCUAACUUUCUUCUCAUAUGAUGCUUAAUUUACCUCCACCUUAUGUUAACAUUUUGCUAGUCAACCAGAGCAAAUAUGUAAGCAUUCAGAUGUUAAAUGUUUAUUCUGCUACAUUAAGCACUUCAGGUGCUCAUGUCUGUUCAAGUUGCUUAUGUGGACAUAGGUUCAGGUUGACAAGAUAAAGGACUGAAUCACCAAUAUUCUUAGCAUCCAAAUCAAUAUAUGCAAAAGCUUUUGCGAAGCUCUCAGAGGCAAUCUCUUUCCCCACAAUAAUAGCUUUCUCAUCGUGCAUAAUCUUUUAUUGUUUUUUUUUUACUGGUGCGGUUGAUAAGAAAAUUUCAUACUGGACUUGAUUGAUUAAAAAUCAGUUAUAUUACUCUUACUUUUCAUUGUAGACAUCUUUGUCUGCAAGGAUUAUUUUUAAGAUUUUCAUGGUAUUGAAAUGAUUGCUCACAUCUUUGUAACUGUUAAUGUGUUAAGGUGAUGGAUCUACUAACGUUUCAAUAAUCUCUGUAGCAACUCAGACAACUGAAUUAAGCUCUAAUGUUGAUGAGGUCCUGUUACCUCUCA